AUGCGGUUUUUCCUCAUCCUAUCGAUACUCACCCUCCUACCAGCCGUAUCCGCUAAAUUUGGCCUCUCAUGCUUCAAAGUCGUCACCGCACUCGCCGGCCGACCGGGCGAUCUGUUCGACAAAUUCCAGCGCGAGGUCUGCGACCGAGGAUGCCAGCCCACCGUGCCUCAUUGGGACCUCUGGACCCGUAACAACACCUUCGUGCCAGCCGUCCAAAACGCCUUGAAGCGAUUAAAUGUGCCGCGACAAGAAGAGACCAUGAUUCAGCUGGGCGACGACGUGGCCAACAUCAUCAAGGUGCGCUGCGGGCCGGCUCUCGGGGGGAAUCACAUCUGCUCAGAUCCGGAGACACUAGCUGGGUUUGGGAAUUGCUUCAAGCGCAACUUUGUGCGGGCGAUGAUUGUGCACCUGCCGAAGUUGCUGCCCAUGGCGGACGAGGCUGUUUGUCGUGAGCAGUUGGUGUAUCUCAAGGACGGGCAUCUGUGGGAGACGGUCAUUCCGCAGAACAUGCGCGAUUAUGCGGCUGCUUGUCAGAAUUUGGAGGAGAAAGAGGCUGAAUAUCACUUUGAGCCUUCACUAAGCAAACAAGCUCCUGCGAAAACCACUCGAACCCGAAAAUGGCUGCAUCGCCUGGCCUACCUAUCCCUAGCCACCGGCACUGUCUACAUCAUCGAUAAUCAGUUCUACGCCUCAUCGAUAACCCGCACAACCCGCACCUUCGCGCUGGGUCUACUCGUCGCUUUAGACUAUAAGAUCAAUUUCCGGCCGAAUCCGCCGCUAGCCAGCUCCGUCACAGCCGUCCAUGCCCGUAGCGCGGAACGACUCUCAGAUCUACUGCAGCGGAAUGGGGGUCUUUAUCUGAAGAUCGGGCAGGCGAUAGCCAUGCAAUCGGCUAUUCUGCCGGCGGAGUUUCAGAAGAUGUUCUCGCGCAUGUUUGACGAUGCGCCGCAGAAUGAGUGGAAGGAUGUUGAGGCGGUGAUAAAAGAAGAUUUUGGGAAGUCGGCUGAGGAGGUGUUUGGGGUUUCGUUUGGUGGAGAUCCGGAUAAGGGUGUGUUCGAGCGUCGAGCACGGGCCAGUGCUAGUGUUGCUCAAGUGCAUUGGGCAAGAUUGGCGGAUGGCAGGGAAUUGGCUAUCAAGAUUCAGAAGCGGGAGAUUGCUCGUCAGUUGGAGUGGGAUCUCUGGGCGUUCAAAGUCGUGACAUGGGUCUACUCUCGCGCAUUCGAUAUCCCCUUCUACAGUCUCGUACCGUACAUCAGCGAACGCCUAUCCCUAGAAACCGACUUUGACAACGAAGCUAGCAAUUCGGAGCGCAUGGCGCAGCUAGUCGCAAGCGAACCCCGACUCCGCGGCCGUGUAUACAUCCCCAAAGUCCACCGCGACCUCAGCUCAAAGCGCGUCAUGACCGCAGAAUGGAUAGAAGGCGUGCGACUAUGGGACAAAGACUCCAUAACCCGGCCCUGGCGCGGCGGCUGGCGCGAGGGAACACCAGGCUGUCAAGGAACCCCAAUGGACCCGCUAACAAACAACCUUGCUAACCCAAGUUCCAACACAACCGACAACAUCAAACCCCCGCGCGACCACUGGCGCGGCCAAAACAACAACGGCGGCCUCGGCCUCUCCCUAAAACCAGUAAUGACCACAAUGGUCGACCUCUUCUCCGCGCAGAUGUUCCUCUGGGGCUGGGUCCACUGCGACCCUCACCCAGGCAACAUCUUCAUCCGCCGCACACCCUCCGGAAAACCCGAACUCGUCCUCAUAGACCAUGGCCUCUACAUCCACAUGGACCCAGCCUUCCGACACCAAUACGCGCGCUUCUGGAAAGCCCUACUCACCUUCGACAACGCGACUCUCGGCGACAUCGUUAAGGGCUGGGGCGUGCAGAAUCCAGACCUCUUCGCCUCCGUCACACUUAUGUCCCCGUACCGCGGCGGCAACCGUUCAACCGAACAACAUCUCACGGGCCUAAGCAAAUCAGAACUCGCAGCCAGACACUACGAAAUGCAACAAUCCGCCCGCAAAGCAGUCCGCCAGAUCCUAGGCGACGAGUCCAAAUGGCCGCAACAACUCAUCUUCAUCGGCCGCAAUCUGCGCAUCGUACAAGCUAAUAACCAAUUCCUGGGUUCACCUGUUAAUCGCGUUAAGAUAACUGGUUUGUGGGCUUCGCGCGCGCUCGCUGAAUCUCCUGACCUACCGUUCGGUGAGAAAAUAAGUAAUUGGGGAGGACAUUUGGUGUUCAGGGUUGUGUUGAUCGGGAGUGAUGUGUGGUUUUGGUUUGCUAAGAUACGGCAGUUUUUGAGAUUGGGAGGUGGCAUGGAAGAUGAUAUUGAAGCGCAGAUGCAGGGGAUGGCGAAGGAGAUGGGUGUUGAGUUGAGGCAGAAUGUUUUCGAGGGUUGA